AUGUCCCAGGCUGCAAGUCAAGCGCUAUUAUGUAUCGCGGCCCUGGCCUUUCGUUUGUCAGGGGAAAAUCAAAUGACUUUUCCCGGCCAGGCUGGCAUGACUGUUCCACAGAAAGGAGGUGAUGGCUCUGUUAGUACAACCAUAGCCUUACCGAAUACCAAGUGCGAGAUAUUCCCAACCACUCAUCGCUUCCCUAAGGACAUGGCAAUGCUAAUAAUUCCCUGGAAAGAAUACUUUAGUUCCAGCCUCUCAGACAUGGCAAAAGUUGUAUAUAAUAUAAGCGCUAAGGCGCGAAUGGGUCGGCUCGAUCGGAGUGAUACCACGGCCUCACAGAAGACCGGCGUGAAACAACCACAGCGUUGUGUUUCGUCGUACAAAAGUUUAGUUAUUUACAAGUUCUUUUUCAAAGCGAUAAUAUUUCUCAUCAAGAGGGAUGAACUGAGAGAUUUGAUUGAUGAAAUGGAGGCUUCUGGAGACGAAGUAACGAAAGAAAGAAAAAAGUUGAUGGCAAACUAUGUGAUGGUUAUAACUGGUAUGACUGCUGCUGUGGUCUUCACUUUUAGUGUUUUAGCUCUGAUAGAAGGAACGAUGUCUGUAGAAGCAUGGAUGCCUUUUGAUCCGAGGAAGAACUCAAUGAACUUGGUGUUGUCGCUGCAGAUUAUGGCUUUCUGCGCUUUCCCUGGACUUUGUCGAGCGUUUGCAAUGCAAGGCCUAGUAUGCAGCUUGAUAAUGUACUUAUGCGAUCAAUUGAUACACUUGCAGAAAGAGCUAAGGAGUUUAGAUUAUGUCAAAGAUACUGAAAUGGUAACAAGGAUGAAGUUUAAGAUGAUUAUUAAGAAGCAUAUUCGUUUGAUGAGCUAUUCAAUGAGAAUGGAGAGUAUUUUCAAUGAAUAUUUCUUAGUACAAAACUUAGCUGUUACAGUUGAACUGUGUUUGAAUGCCGUUAUGGUGACAGUGGUUGGAGCUCAACAAAUAACUCUAUUGUUCACGUUUUUAGCUUAUUUAAUUAUAGCACUAAUUAAUGCCUACAUCUACUGUUAUUUGGGCAAUGAGCUGAUUAUACAAAGUGAAGGAAUAGCUCAAGCAGCUUACGAGUCUACCUGGACAUCCUGGCCUGUUGACCUUCAAAAAGACCUACUGAUAGUUAUCAACGCUUCCCAAAGACCUCUUAAGCUGAGCGCCGGUGGAAUAGCGUUGAUGUCUAUACAGACUUUUAGUCAGGCCCUGUACAACGGAUAUUCCAUCUUCGCUGUUCUCAACGAUGCUGUUAAUUAA